UCAUGAGAACACAUGAAAUUGUAACUUUGCGGUUAUGACUAAAAUUUUUUCAUGUGCAACGGCCUUAGGGAAGUUCAAGUUUCAAGUUACAUACAAAUCACAUUAAAGGUCGAAAAUCGCGCGCGUAAAUAAUUGUUUAUUCGUGUUUAUUACUUAUGAUUGCAUUGGACGACGUUUCCUCAUGCACAACUCGGCUCUGCGAAUCUUCAAACGGUGUGCGAAUUAUUUUAAUAUUGCUCGAAGUGCGUCAUGCCAUUUUUCGCGUAAAUUCGCAGGUUAAUGAAGCAUAACCUUCAAAUCAAAAUUUGACAUUUAACACGUUGUAUAAAUAAUAAUGAUACAGUAAUAAUAUAAUGUAAUACAAAUAAUGAUGGUUUUGCAAACCAAAGUUACUAGGCGCUAUAGCCAAAGUAAAGACUCGCUGUACAGAUCCACUGCUUGUCAGACACAAAGCGCAAAUAGCAAUGCUGGACGGCGAAAAGUUGAGAGAGUUGGAUGUUUCUGCACAACAGGAGAUGAGCUCACUAUCCUGGCUGCGUACUGUAGCUCCUGUCUUUCCAGUGAAUGGCUCCAAAAUUACUGUAAUUCAUAAGCCACAAGUGUUUUAUACUACGCUGUUGGAGAAGUGCAAGCACGCCAAGAACAGAAUUACAUUUGCCUCGUUGUACUUGGGUACCGGUCCUUUAGAAACUGAGUUGGUGAACGUUAUAGAACAAGCAAUGAAUACGAGUGAUGGCAACAUACAAGUGCGGAUUCUCCUGGACUACAUGAGAGGUUCACGGGGCAAGCAGAACUCCCGGAAGAUGCUGGAGCCAUUGCUCAAAGGCCAAUACGGUGAUCGCUGCAAAGUUUUCCUCUAUCACACACCGAAACUACGCGGCGUCAUGAAAGCGACGAUCCCCGACCGCUUUAACGAGCUCGUCGGUUUGCAGCACAUGAAGUUGUACAUAAUCGAUGAUGAUUUGAUCAUUAGUGGAGCAAACCUCAGCAACGAUUAUUUCACAAAUCGGCAGGAUCGAUACUUUGUCAUCGAAGAUUGCAAGGAACUUUGUGACUUUUAUAAUAGAUUAAUCGAAAAAGUUAUGGAAUUUAGCUUUCUGUUACAACCGGAUGGUAAUACAGAUUUGAAUCCUGCUGUGAACUGCCAUCCUUACAAAGGAUCUAGAAAAACUUUUAUUCAAGAAGCUGCGUCUAGGAUACAAACGCUAUUCCAAACUGAAAUGGAAAAGCGCGCUAGUCUCGAUAAAGAAGAUGCAGACACGUGGAUAUUUCCAAUGGUGCAGAUGGGUCAGCUGGACGUCCAUCACGACAGUGAGAUAACAUUGAAGCUUAUACAAACGGCUCCAGUAGGAGCUACGCUUAGAUUAGCGACCGGUUAUUUCAAUCUAACUUUCGAUUACAGUCAGGCUUUGCUUAGAGAUUGCCAAGCAACGUGUCAGCUUUUGACAGCACAUCCCACUGCCAAUGGCUUUUUCAAUGCUAAAGGAAUUGCUGGAGGAAUUCCGGCGGCGUACACCAGGAUAGAGGAAUCUUUUUAUGAUUUAUGUGAAAAAAUGGAUCAACAGAGCAGAAUAACAUUAUGGGAGUUUAUCAAGCCGGGAUGGACUUACCACGCCAAAGGUCUCUGGUACACUUUGCCGGAUCAGCGAAAGCCUUCGUUGACCCUCAUAGGCUCCUCAAACUUUGGUUAUAGAUCAGUUAACAGGGACCUUGAGACGCAGAUAGCCGUGGUGACGAAGAAUGAGAAGUUGCAGGACGCGCUGCACGAGGAACAGGCGCAAUUAUUCUCAUGUGCUAAGCCUGCCACAAGAAAGACUUUCUUGCAGCAGGACAGAAUACCGCCAGCCUGGGUCUGUGCAAUUGUACUUUUCUUUCGUUAUUAUUUUUGAAAUGAAAAUGCUUGUCUUUUAUAAGAAGGCAAAUUACGUAUUUUAAACUUAUUUAACUUUAGCUAUAAUAUUAUUGCGCAAUAAGUAAAAAAUCCCACAUUGAUAUGCUUCUUAUGAAGCUCAAAUUAAUUCCUAUUUUAUUUACACAAAAUUGUCCAUGCAAAUUUUUAUAUCCUUUUUUAUUUUUAUUGUUCUCUGGAAUACUGUUUCUAUCGAGUUGGUCGAAAAAUUCGUUCAAAUUUUGCCAAUAAACUUUAAGUGAAUUUUAUAAUCGUCAUUCAUAACUUAUAUACGAUUCUGAGUUGUGACACCUUUUAGAAUGUUUAAAAAAAAUCAUACAUACUGAUUGAAUAAUACUAGCAGUAUUAAUUUAUAAAUAGGACAUCUAAAAGUGCAUUUUUCGCCAACUUAUGUGCUUUUAUUAUCAGGAAGAUAAAAAUGCGAUGCAAGUCCAAAGGAUGAUUUGAGUGAUACAGAUGUGAUGCUGUGAAUGACUAAACAUGCCAGAAGUAAUCAAGCUAUCAUAAAAAUAGUUUGGCAUUAUGUAAGAAAGUGUUACAUACAUUUUCUUAAUUAAAUAUUACAUCUUAAUGUUUAAUUUUGCAGUUUUAACUGUUGCAAAAAAUCCGAACAAAUUUUCUGAACAAUGUAAUAUAAUUUUUAAAAUUCUAAAAGAUUGUUUUAUACAAAAGCUAUAGUUGUAAAAUUCUCUAUUAGAAUGUAAUAAAAUCGUU